CCAAACCCCAAGUAUGAAGCUUUUCCACGUCUUCCCGGUUCUCGCCCUCGUCGUCGCGACAACCAGCGCAUCGCUCCGAGCGGGCUGCGGGUCGCUUUCGGCGAUCGCAGAAGAGACCAAGUCCCUCACCGAGCUCUACGAAGAAGCGCGCAAGGAAGGCGGCAAUCUCGUGGUCUACCACGGCGGCGACCACGCCACGCAGCAAGACUACGUCGCUGAUGCCUUCCGGGCUACGUACCCGGAUCUCAACUUGACCAUGAUCGUCGACUACAGCAAGUACCACAACGUUCGCAUCGACAACCAGAUCGAGACCAAGACGCUCGUCGCGGACGUCGUCGCGCUCCAGACGCUCAACGACUACCCUCGCUGGAAGAAGCAAGAGAAGCUCCUCCAGUACAAGCCCAACGGUUUUAGCAACAUCUACGACGGCUUCACCGACCCGGAUGGCACGUGGCUCUCGCACGCCGUCUUUACGUUCAGCUACUUUUACGACGAGGCGCAGCUGCAGGCCAAGGGCCUCACGCCGCCCGCAACCGCCAAAGACCUCGCGGACCCCAAGUACGCGGGCCUUCUCGCGUCGGCCUAUCCGCACGACGACGACGCGACCUUGUUCGUCUACGACCGCUACGUCAAGGAGUACGGCUGGGACUGGGUCAAGAAGCUGGCGGCGCAGCAGAUCGAGUUCAAGCGCGGGUCGCACACGCCGGACCUCGCUGUCACGGCGCAGCGCAAGGCUAUUGGUAUCGCGGGCUCAUCCCCCUCGCCCAUGCCGGCUUCGGUCAAGGAGAUCACGGGUGCCAACUCGUCGUCCGAUUACCUUGCGUGGGGCCAGCGCAUCGCGAUUCUGAAGGAGGCGCCGCACCCCGCGGCCGCCAAGCUCUUUGUCAACUGGAUCGUCUCCAAGGAGGUUCAAUCGACCCUCAUGAAUGGCUUCUCGCCGCGUACGGACUUGCUGCCGUCCAGCGGCGUCCAGCCCUGGGACAUUCAGCGCGCCAACUCGCUCGCAUUCCAGUCGUGGAUGGAGGACCGCGCCAACAUUGAAGAGCUCAAGGCCACGUUUGCCUUGUACUUUGGCGAAGUCACGGGUGAGCCGACGCCGGGCCAGCUCGGCCUCCACCCGGGCAAGUAAGUGUGCGUGAGUGUAUUUCAGCAUCCCUAAGAGCAAAUGAAGCUUUGGAUAUAUUGGAUCUGUAA